GGAAGAGAUAUGAGCCGUGGAUCUAUUCGCUCCUGCUUUUAUUACGAGGAGCACAAAUAAAGGAGAUAAUGGGAAGCUAGUAGAGAGAUAGAAGAAACAAAGAAAGAGAGAGAGAGGUUAGGAAGGGGGAAGAAGAUGGAUAGAAGUAGAGAAGCUAGAAGAGUACCCAUGGCGGCGGCGGCUACCGGAAACGCCUUGUCACGGCGGAGACAUAGAGCCGGAAGCUUCAGAGAUUCUCCAGAGGAGGAAGGUCCGGUGGAGUUACCGGAGGCGGCGAGGCUGAGAGAUCGAGGAGGGAGUGGGAAGAAGGAACGAGAUCGGGAACGUGAUAGAGAGAGGGAACGGGAGAGAGAUCGGUUAAACAGCCGGAGCAAAAGGAGGAGAGGAGAACGGUUGAUGAUGGUUCACGACGGUGGCGACGAAAGCUCGGAAGAGAGUGUCAACGACGAUGAAGAAUAUGACGACGUGAAGAUGCUUCCUCCUCCGGCGAGUAAUAAUAUCUCCCCCGCCUCGUUUUCAUCGUCUCUUUCGAAUCAUCACCAGAGGAAGAACUUUCCUCCGCCACCGUCGAAAACUUUCAGAUCUCCUCCUUCUCCGGCGCCGGUAUCUGAGAUGAUCGGCGUAUCGGUUCCUAGAAAAGCUCGGUCAGCUUGUACAAAGAGACCACAUGAGUCAUGGGCGUCUAGUGCCACCGGCGGUGCUUUACUUGCUUCCGGAGAGCACAGCCACCGCCAAGUAUCCACUUCUCCUUCUUCAUCCACUGUUUCUGUCCACCGGAAAAAGAUGCCGUCAGGGACGAAACAGAAGCCACUCCCGCCCAAGUCAUCAUCUCCGGUGGUGGCUGUUCAAGACGAGAUAGAGAUCGAGAUCGCUGAGGUGUUGUACGGGAUGAUGAGGAUGCCUCUCGCUACGUCAAAACAAGAAUCUGCCACUAACGAGGGAGGUGCAAAAACAAAAACAACUGUAGAUGUCAAGUCCAAAGUAUCUUCACCCAUCUCCAAUUCUCAAACGGUUCUUCAGUCUUCCACCAUCACACUUGCUGCUAAUUCGAGCUCGUUUAAUGCCAUUGCUCCUAAAAGAAAGAAGCAAAGGCAUGUCAAGUACGACGACGAGAACAGUCCCAGCUUACCAUCACGCGCCAUUAAAUCUGAAGCAGAAGCUCCGUCAAAGACUCAACCUCCUUCCGGUGAUCAGCUCAAAAGAUCAGGAUCUGCUGAAGAAAGCACCUCAGUAUUGGAUUCGACAAAUCCACAGGCUAGAGACAGCACGGCAGCGUUAGAUUCGGGAUCAGCUGAGAAGAAAGAAAGCAAUCUGUCCAAUGAGGAAAGAGUAAUGCCGAAAGUUGAAUCUUCCUCGGGAGUUAGAUCGGAUGGUGACGGAGCUACUACUACCAUUUCAGGAGCUAAACCAAGCUUACUGGAGAAAGAGAAGUUUGAGAUAGAUCUGAUGGCCCCACCGCCGGUUAGAUCGUCAUCGGAGAGAGGCGGUGAGAUGGAAGGUGUGGCAGCAGAAGCUAAACCUAAAGCCACGGAAGUGGAAACGGAAGAUGGAGGUAAUGCGACGGUUCUCGAGUCUGAAGAGAAGAAGAGACCUAAGAGUGCGGUGGGGGAAACUGAACCUCAUAAGCCAGAGAGGAGUUAUGAACUUAAACUCGACUUGGAUAAAUCUGAUCACGUGGGUGCGAUAAACAAGCAUCAUGUUCAGAAACAGCCACAACAACAACAACAACCUUCUGUUCCAGAUAAAACAGCUCAAGCUGGCACUUUACCUAUGCAUAUGUCAAUGCCUGGCUGGCCUGGGGGUCUUCCAACAAUGGGAUACAUGCCGCCAACGCAAAUUGUCCCUACGGAUACUAGUUCCUUAUCGUCUGCGGCAAUGCAGCCUCCUCCGCAUUUACUUUUUAACCAACCGAGGCCUAAGAGAUGUGCAACACACUGCUAUAUCGCUCGGAAUAUUCAAUCUCACCAGCAAUUCACAAAGAUGAAUCCGUUCUGGCCUGCAGCAGCAGGAUCAGCUCCAUUGUAUGGGACCAAGGCCUGCAAUCUCAGUCUUAUGCCUCCCACAGAACUUCAGGGGACUGUUUUGGGAAGAAGUUCCAAUCCUGUUCCGGAUAAGAACUCUCAAUCUACUUCCAAAAGCUCAGAUACAGCUCAGAGAAAUCAAAUAUUGCUCCAGCAAGCUCUGCCUCAAGGAGCAACGAAUAACAUCAUGCAUGGUCCGGCACUCAUUUUCCCUGUGGGCCAACAGCCUCAAAUAGCUGCCGCAUCUGUUAGACCUCCUAGUGGCAACACAGCUUCUCCUGGUGCGACAGCUACUGUGAACUCCAUGAAUGGCUCUGCUUCAGCUACUCCAGCUGGUGCCCCAACAAUGACCUUCAGCUAUCCGGGCAUGCCAGGCAAUGAAACGCAGUACCUGGCCAUCUUGCAGAAUAAUGGCUAUCCAUUCCCACUCCCAGCACAUGUUGGUGCAUCACCUGCUUAUAGAGGAGCUCCUGGCCAGCCGAUACCAUUUUUUAAUGGUUCGUUCUACCCCUCCCAAAUGAUCCAGCCUUCAUUUUCUCAGCCACAGAAGCAGCAACAACAAGCUGGUCAAAUGCUCCAGAGCUAUCCUCCGAGUAACCAGAAUGGAAGUGUUUCUACUGGUUCCUCAGCAGCACAAAAGCAUCUGCAGAACCAGCAGUUGAGACCACCGAUAAAUCCCGGGAACUCCCAAGGAUUUCGAACUCACAAAGUUCAAUCUCAGCCUUUGAGUUUCCAGCAGAGGCAACCUAGAGAAAAUGCGACUCAACAUAGCGAGACUGUAGGAGGAGACAGCCCAUCAACCGCUGAUAGCCGGGGUUCUCGUUCAAGUGUUGCCUAUGGCCAGAACUACGGUAUGCAGAUGCAACCACCCAACUUGGGUUUGAUGAGUUCAGCUGCCCCAGGUGGUGGAGUUGUCGUAUCCUCUAGCAAUCAUGGCGAAAAGAAAUCACAACAGGUCUCAAAGGCUGGUGUGGAAUCGUUUCCGUCCCAGGGGUAUGCCAUGACCUUUGCGACAUUCAACGGGGUUAAUAGUACUCCUUCCCUGAACAUGUCAUCAGUUGGUCAAAAUCACGCUAUCUUCCACAGCAUGCCGGAAGCAGCUAGGCAAGGUUAUCAAAUGAUGGCAGCGAAUGUUGCUGCUCAAGCAGCCCAGCAGAAAAUGAACUACAGUCCUCCUUCAGAUGAUGGAAAAUCGGGGUCUAAUGCUACUGCUAAUACGAGGGAAGAACAAAGGAAAACAGGAGGAGCAACAGGGAAAACGAGUGGUCUGAAUGGUGCGCAGUCUAUUGCUUUCUCUAACAAGCACGACUUAGCUGAUGCAUCUGUUUCUGCUGUAACGAGUGGUAGCAUCGUUGAUACAUCCCGUUUGCUCAACCACGGUUCUACUCAGCCACAGAGUUCCAGUUCUGUGCUGACGUCUCAUCAGCAGCAGCAGCUGCAGCAUUUGCAACACCAACAUCAGCAGCAGCAGCAGCAGCAGCAUAUGCAACGGAGUCAAUUGCAGCAACCUUACACCACCAUGUAUCUCCAGAAGCAACAACGGUAUGCAACUUCAGUCGCGGCUUCUGCUGCUAGAACCAAAGGGCCUGUGGCGAGUAACGGGAGUGGUUUCGCUGAUCAUAAUAUCUCUGUAUCACCCGCCGGAAGCGCUAAGUUUACAAAUGCCAAUACAGGAUUUCCUCAAAACCUUGUCCAGUCAAGCAGCACUCAAGUGCAAUCUCCUCAGUGGAAAAACAAUUCACCCAGGACAUCCAACACUUCCCAAGCGCAGUCUCCGUCCAUACUGUCGCCAUCAUCGUCUGCUGCCGCUGCAUCGUCUGUAAGAAACGUAUCGCAUAAACAGCAAAGCCGUCCCCAGCAGUCGCAGAUAUCUUUUGCAUCAAACUCAAAACCUAUGGCGUCUGGUUCGCCAAUGCAGCAAGUGCAAGGAGGCACCAACAACCAGGCUCCGUCUCCACCAAUGUUAGUUGGGUCACCUUCAACGUCUUCCGUCUCCAAAAGCGCGGGUGGGAGCCCAAGAACAGCUGCUUCGGCUUCAUCAGCGGUGAACAAAGCUGGACAAGCUUCCUCUACUACUCACUCAUCAUCUCAGCCGUCCAAGAACUUGCAGUCUGCAUCCGCAGCUUCUUCCGCUGGUGGAAGGAACAACGGUCCUUCAGUUCUGGGAAACCCCACCACAAGCUCAGGAUCCAAGUCUCAACAACAACAGCAACAGUUGCCAAAGCAUGGGUUGCAGCAGCAAGCCCAGCUUUUCUUCUCUAAUCCUUAUAUGCAAUCUCAGCAUCAACAGCAACAGAUCACUAUAUCUCCUUCUGGUGGUUAUUACAUUCAAAGACAUCAGCAACAACCAGGUUCAUCCGCUGCCGCAUGUCCUCCAGUCACUCUAUCCGGCUGUACCACAGGAGCCAUUACCGCCACUUCAGAUCCAGCGAAAGCCAUCGCUGCUGCAGCAACAGCAACAGCAACAGCAGCAGCCAGUAACAUGAAAGGAGGAGGAGGAGGUAUGGGGAAGACGCAGCAACAUCAGCUGGUGCCUCCAGGGUUUCCGUAUGUACACGCGGUUCCAUCUGCGGUUCAGGUAAAGCCCGUCGAUCAGAAGCAGCAAGCUGGUGAGUGAAAGACUUUAAUAGAACAUUUGUUAACUUAAAGAAAAGAGAAAAACUCGAGUGGUUGGGAAGUUCCGGUUAUAGCUUGUGCCGACGAGACGAAAGAGGGACGUAGGAGCCGGGAGAAAGAAGCAGACGGAACAGACCCACCCACACAAUUUUUUGGGAGUUUGGUAGGGGGGGGAGGCUUUUAAAGCAUUGUGUACAAUUAAUGUUUAUAUUAUGGGUAUUCUGACAGGAACCUACGGUUUCAAUUUAAAAAGCAGCCACUGGAGUUCUAUUUUCUUUUAAAAAUUUCAUUCAUUCUUCUGAGGUUGGAGUGUUCAGGUGGGUGAUCUUCAGAAAAAAAACAAGAGCUGAGAAGUACGUGUAUCAUAUACUGAUAAGUUCUUGUGUUGUAGGCCUGUUUCGUCAGUGGAAUUUAUAAAUUAUGAAGCAUGGAUUUACGAUUC